AUGCCAAUUCCUAUUCAUCUCGAGCAAGGUUUGUGGGUGAAAACUCCCAAAGGAGGCUGGGAUUUUAUGAACAGUGUCGACUACCACAGCGAGGCUAUUAUGGUCCGUGAGAACGAAAGCUUUGAAGACUUAAUGACUCUUGUUCGUGUAAGAUUGGAGCUAAGCGUUGAUACUCCCGUUGAGCUAAUCUACCAGUUUUUAGAGUGGAUAAUGUUACCGAAUGCGCCAAGGUCCGCACCGGCGAAUGUUUUAGAGAAACGGGAUGUGGAGGUCAUGAUGAGCAUCAUGGAUUUUAACGAUGUUUAUGUGUAG